AUGGACAACAACACCUCCCCUGGCCCCUCGCAGCCCUCGCAGGGUGCGACCUCAGAGGACACAGUCAGGGUGCCCAGCUCGGGGCUCGAGUUCUUCGAGUAUCGCAGACGUUUAUUCCUGGCGGGUUUACCAGCGCCAUCCACUCCUACGGGAGAACCCCUUCCUGACUUCUAUGAGGUUCCCAGAGGGCUGCCAGACCCUUUGCCCAUACCUAUACGAAAGCAACCGAGCAAUGCUUCUAUGGCACGAGUGGAAGCGGCCCUCAGCCAAGAAGGCGUAGAGUAUUCCAAGGAGAUGUGGGAGUCCGGGGUACGACAACUGGCGGAGAAGCUACAUGAGGGGCGCAAGUUCACCAAGGGGAUGCGGCUCAGUCUCGUUAUCAAGAUACUGAUAGCCAGCUGGAUCAACGACGGUCUGUGGCCUACAAAUACCCGGACGGGACUGCCGGAAAGACCGCCUGAAUCCCCUCUGAUCGAAGGUAUCGAGCUGUUUCCUGACGGAGUGCCUGUCAAGGUUAUCGAUACCCCCGAGGAUCAACUACCACCAAAGAACGAGUAUAGAGCCUUCACUCAGUGA